UAGGUUAACCCUGCGGUAUGGCUCGCCUUUCGGUUUGACCUGGGUGAAUUCAGCGAGACUACUGCUCUCGAUGAGACGCGGGUGAAGCACGGACUGAGAGCGGCGCUAGGACCCAGAUGUGGGUCUCACUGAGAGACGGCGGGCUCUAGGACCCGGAGGCCUCGACCCGGGUGGGCGGCUCCGCGGGCCGCAGCCAGAGUCCCGCCCCCUCGGCUCCGGCUCCCUCCUCCCCCGCCGGCCAUGUUGGCUCCGCUCGGGCCCCGCGGUUGAGCCGCGACCCCGUCCCCCUCCCGGACCCCGCACCCCGUACCCCCUUCCCCGCGGGCCGGCGGGCGGGCGUCUCCUCCGUCCCAGCGCCCGGAGCGUGGCCAUGUGACCCGCCCGUCCCCCGGGGAGAAGCGCGCCCCAUCCGGCUGACCGCCGCCUCAGAAAUGGAGACGAACGACCAUUUUAACUUUACUGGCCUUCCCCCUGCACCAGCUGCCUCAGGAUUGAAACCCUCUCCUUCCUCAGGCGAGGGCCUCUACACUAACGGGUCUCCCAUGAACUUCCCCCAGCAAGGGAAAAGUUUGAAUGGGGAUGUGAAUGUUAAUGGCUUAUCUACUGUAUCUCACACUACUACUUCAGGGAUUUUGAACUCUGCUCCCCAUUCCUCCAGCACCUCACACCUCCAUCACCCUAAUGUGGCCUACGACUGUCUCUGGAACUACUCACAGUACCCACCUGCCAACUCCGGCGGCAACCUCAAGGACCCACCCCUUCUUUCUCAGUUCCCUGGGGGACAGUACCCACUCAAUGGUAUCCUUGGGGGCAGCCGACAGCCUUCGUCCCCAAGUCACAACACUAAUCUUCGAGCUGGGAGCCAAGAGUUCUGGGCCAACGGUACCCAGAGUCCCAUGGGGCUUAACUUCGAUUCACAGGAACUGUAUGAUUCCUUUCCUGACCAGAAUUUUGAGGUGAUGCCCAAUGGACCCCCAAGUUUUUUCACCUCCCCACAGACAUCUCCAAUGUUGGGAUCUAGUAUCCAGACCUUUGCACCUUCCCAGGAUGUGGGCAAUGGGAUCAAUCCUGAUGAGGCAACAGAGAAGGAGCUGCCUUCAGUUGUGGCAGAAAACGACACUGGCUUGGUAGGCAGCCUGGAGCUGGAGGAAGAGCAGCCAGAACUAAAGAUGUGUGACUACAAUGGUUCUGUCUCCUCUGUGGAGUCUUUACACCAAGAAGUCUCCGUCCUGGUCCCCGACCCCACAGUGAGCUGUUUAGAUGAUCCUUCACAUCUUCCUGAUCAACUGGAAGACACUCCAAUCCUCACUGAAGAUUCCCUUGAGCCCUUUGACUCCCUGGCACCAGAGCCAGUGAGUGGAGGACUUUAUGGUAUAGAUGACACAGAGCUGAUGGGUGCAGAAGACAAGCUGCCUCUUGAGGACAGCCCUGUAAUCUCUGCCCUCGAUUGCCCUUCUCUCAAUAAUGCUACUGCCUUCAGUCUCUUGGCAGACGACAGUCAAACGUCAGCCUCUCUCUUUGUCAGCCCCACCUCUCCACCUGUCUUAGGGGAGUCUGUCUUGCAAGAUAACAGCUUUGACCUGAAUAAUGGCAGUGACUCUGAACAGGAAGAAAUGGAGCCUAAGUGUUCAGACUUCCCACGGUCCCAGACUGAGCCAGCCCCUGACCAACCGCCUACUAUUGAGCUACAUCCAGCAGCCUCCCCAGCAGCCUCUUUGACAGCUUCAGUGACUUCUCACGCCUGCCCUGCAUCUUCACCAACAGCCACCUUCCAGACAGCCUCCCCAGCAAAUGAAGAUGUCAGCAGGGUUCCAGAAGCUUCUGCUGCUGGUUUGGGAGAGAUCACUGGAGAACCUGUCACAGUUUCUGGUAGUGGUGAUGUACUGAAGAGACGAAUUGCUACCCCAGAAGAAGUUCGUCUUCCCCUCCAACAUGGGUGGCGGAGAGAAGUGCGCAUCAAGAAGGGCGGCCACCGAUGGCAGGGGGAGACUUGGUAUUAUGGCCCCUGUGGGAAGAGAAUGAAACAGUUUCCAGAAGUCAUCAAGUACCUGAGCCGAAAUGUGGUACACAGUGUCCGCCGUGAGCACUUCAGCUUCAGUCCCCGCAUGCCUGUUGGAGAUUUCUUUGAAGAAAGAGACACACCAGAGGGCUUGCAGUGGGUCCAGUUAUCUGCAGAGGAGAUUCCUUCCAGAAUUCAAGCAAUUACUGGCAAACGAGGGAGACCUCGGAAUAAUGAGAAGGCCAAGAACAAGGAAGUCCCCAAAGUGAAGCGGGGCCGAGGUCGGCCACCUAAGAUCAAAAUACCUGAGCUAUUGAAUAAAACAGACAACCGACUUCCAAAGAAACUGGAGGCCCAAGAAACACCGGGUGAGGAAGAUAAAGCAAAGAUGAGUAAGAGCAAAAAGAAGAUAAGGCAGAAGGGACAGCGGGGAGAGAGUCAGCCUCCUGUUCAAGGGCAGGCCAGAAACAAGAGAAGACAAGAUGCCAAGAGCUUAAAACAGAAGGACACUAAGAAGAAACUCAAGGCUGAUAAAGAGAAGAUGAAGACAAAGCAGGAAAAACUGAAGGAAAAAGUGAAGAGGGAGAAGAAAGAAAAGGCAAAAGUGAAAGUAAAGGAAGAGGUGGCCAAAGCCAAGCCAGCCUGUAAAACAGAAAAGACCCUCGCCACACAGCGGCGUCUGGAGGAGCAGCAGAGACAGCAACUUCUCUUAGAGGAGAUGAAAAAGCCCACAGAGGAUAUGUGUCUGCCUGACCACCAGCCCAUGCCUGACUAUGCACGCAUCCCUGGUUUGACAUUGUCCAGUAAGACUUUCUCAGACUGCUUGACCAUCGUGGAGUUUCUGCACAGUUUUGGCAAAGUACUAGGCUUUGACCUUACCAAAGAUGUUCCUAGUCUGGGAGUCCUGCAGGAAGGACUCUUAUGUCAAGGUGACAGCUUGGGCAAAGUGCAAGACCUGCUGGUUCGGCUCCUGAAGGCUGCACUCCAUGAUCCCGGUCUGCCUUCCUCCUGUCAGUCCCUAAAGAUCUUGGGGGAGAAGGUGUCGGAGACCCCACUGACCAGAGACAAUGUGUCUGAGAUACUCCGCUGCUUCCUCAUGGCACACAGAGUGGAGCCAGCCUUAUGUGACCGCCUGCGCACCCAGCCUUUUCAGGCCCAGCCACCCCAGCAAAAGGCAGCUGUGCUAGCCUUCCUUGUGCAUGAGCUCAACGGCUCCACCACCAUCAUCAAUGAGAUUGACAAGACUCUGGAGAAUAUGUCUAACUACAGGAAAAACAAAUGGAUUGUUGAAGGUCGACUCCGAAGACUGAAAACUGCUCUGGCCAAGCGAACAGGGCGGCCCGAGGUUAUGAUGGAAGGGCCAGAAGAAGGCCUGGGGCGGAGGCGCAGUUCUCGGAUCAUGGAAGAAACCAGUGGCAUAGAAGAGGAGGAAGAGGAGGAAGCUAUAGUAGCUGUCCAUGGUCGCAGGGCUCGAAGAGAUGGAGAGGUUGAUAUUGCAUCAUCCAGCAUUCCAGAGUUAGAACGCCAAAUAGAAAAACUCAGUAAGCGUCACCUCUUCUUUAGAAAAAAGCUUCUCCACUCAUCCCAGAUGCUUCGGGCGGUCUCUUUGGGUCAGGACCGCUAUAGACGCCACUACUGGGUAUUGCCGUGUCUGGCUGGUAUCUUUGUGGAAGGAUCAGAGGAGAGCAUAGUUACUGGAGAUGGAAUGAAGCAGGAAGCUGAAUGCUUUACGGAAACAGUCACUUCAACACCCUGCUCUGCUCUAGUCUCUGCAAAGAGAGAGUCAAAUGGUUCCGACACCCCUGCUUCUCCUGCCCGCGCCCGAGGCCGGCCUCGAAAAUUUAAGCCUGGGUCUAUGCAGCCUAGGCACCCUAAGUCUGCUAUUAGGGAACAUGAUUUAGAACAAGCCCAGACUGAAGUUCAGCCAGAAUCUCAGUCCCAUCUCCAGCUUCAGGCUUCUACCCGGCCCCAUCUUCAGUCCCAUCCCCCGUCAGAUAAUGGGUUCCUAGAGCCAGAAGGCUCCCCUCUGUCUCUGGGUCAGAGCCAGCAUGACCUCAGCCAGUCCGCCUUCCUGUCUUGGCUGAGCCAGACUCAGAGCCACAACUCCCUGUUGAGCAGCUCAGUACUCACGCCUGAUAGCAGUCCAGGGAAAUUAGACUCUGCUCCAUCCCAGUCCUUGGAGGAGCCAGAGCCUGAUGAGGCAGAGUCCUGUCCUGAUCCUCAAGGACCAUGGUUUAACUUCUCAGCCCAGAUACCCUGCGAUGCUGCCCCUACACCACCUCCAGCCGUUUCUGAGGACCAGCCUACACCCUCCCUCCAGCUGCCUGCAUCCUCUAAGCCAAUGAGUACACCCGGUGCUGCCAAUCCCUGUUCUCCAGGACAGUUCUCUUCUACCCACCCACCUGGAGGGGGUGCUAAGAGGCCAUCAGGAGACUCUGAAGAAAUGCCACAGAGUCCCACAGGGCUGGGCCAACCAAAGCGGAGAGGAAGACCUAGCAAGCUCUUCAAGCAGGUGGAGCAGUGUUACUUAACCCAGCUGACAGCCCAGCCUGUCCCCCCUGAGAUGUGCUCUGGCUGGUGGUGGAUCCGAGAUCCUGAGACAUUGGAUGUCAUGCUCAAGGCACUACAUCCCCGAGGCAUUAGGGAGAAGGCGCUUCACAAACACCUUAGCAAGCACAAGGACUUCUUGCGGGAAGUUUGCUUACAGCCCAUAACUGAUCCCAUCUUUGAGCCCCAUCAACUGCCUGCUGUGGAGGAAGGAGUUACAAACUGGUGCCCCAAAGAGAAGACUUAUGAGACAGACCUAGCUGUGCUUCAGUGGGUAGAGGAGCUGGAGCAGCGAGUUGUCCUGUCUGACCUGCAGAUUCGGGGCUGGACAUGCCCUAGCCCAGACUCUACCCGAGAAGACUUGGCCUACUGUGAGCAUCUGCCUGACUCUCAGGAGGAUAUUCCUUGGAGAGGACGGGGCAGGGAAAGCGCAGUACCUCAGCGGCAAAACACCAACCCCCUGGACCUGGCUGUGAUGCGGCUGGCUGCUCUGGAACAGAAUGUGGAACGGCGUUACUUGCGGGAGCCCCUCUGGGCAGCCCAUGAGGUGGUGGUGGAGAAGGCCCUGUUGAGUGCACCCAACGGAGCCCCUGAUGGCACCACAACUGAGAUAUCGUAUGAGAUUACCCCUCGUGUUCGCGUCUGGCGGCAGACACUUGAGAGGUGCCGUAGUGCAGCUCAGGUGUGCAUGUGCGUGGGCCAGCUGGAAAGGUCCAUCGCAUGGGAGAAGUCUGUCAACAAAGUGACCUGCCUCGUCUGCCGGAAGGGUGACAACGAUGAGUUUCUCCUGCUUUGUGAUGGGUGUGACCGUGGCUGCCACAUUUACUGUCAUCGACCCAAGAUGGAGGCUGUCCCAGAAGGAGACUGGUUCUGUACUGUCUGUUUGGCCCAGCAGGUAGAGGAAGAGUUCUCACAGAGGCCUGGUUUUCCAAAACGAGGCCAGAAGCGCAAAAGCAGUUUUCCACUGAACUUCCCAGAGGGGGACAGUCGCCGACGGCGGGUGCUGUCAAGGAGCCGAGAAAGCCCAGCAGUAUCUCAGUGCCGAGAAGAUGGGCUGUCUCCCUCCAAGAGACGGCGAUUUUCAAUGAGAAGCCACCACAGUGAUCUCACAUUUUGCGAGAUCAUCCUAAUGGAGAUGGAGUCCCAUGAUGCAGCCUGGCCUUUUUUGGAGCCUGUAAACCCUCGCCUGGUGAGUGGGUACCGGCGAGUCAUCAAGAACCCUAUGGAUUUUUCCACCAUGCGAGAACGGCUACUCCGGGGAGGGUAUACUAGCUCAGAGGAGUUUGCAGCUGAUGCCCUUCUGGUUUUUGACAACUGCCAGACCUUCAACGAGGAUGACUCUGAAGUGGGCAAGGCUGGGCACAUCAUGCGCCGCUUCUUUGAGAGUCGCUGGGAGGAAUUUUAUCAGGGAAAACAGGCCAAUCUGUGAGGCGAGGAAGGUGGGGACCACCACCUUGUGGUGUCUUCUCCCUUCCUGACAGAACCUGCUGUGCUCACCUGCUGACGGCUGCCCUGGGUGGGCUCAGCUCAGACAGUGCUGAUGUUGACCCUGCCCUUGGCAACACCCACAUCCUCUUUCCCUAAUCUCCUUCUCUUGCUUCUUCCUCUUGCUCCUCAAAUAAGAGAUGCAGAGAUGAGGUCCUUCUGGACGGAAAGCCAAAAAAGAAAGAAUUUUCCCUGUUUUUUCUUCCUAGUUAAAAUGGAGAGGGGCAAAGAAGUCCCUUCUCUUCCCAACCCCCACCCCUCCCUGUGCACGCCCCAGUAACCUGGGGCUAUUUAACAAUAGCAAUAGUUCUAGUGAAUGUGUGAAACCGAGAAACACUCUGUACUGUGUGUGGACCCGCAGUGACGGCCAGUAAAGUGGACUUAACUCCCAAGUGUGUCGAGCCGGACACCGGGCCCUGAACAUGCUGCUUCCAUGUUCAGUCCUUCCCCGCUUCUCUUCCUUCUUCCCCCUUCUCCCUGUGUUUAUGACUUUGUCCCACCCAAUAAUGUAAAACUAUCGUGUACGGGUUCUUCUUCCCCUUCCCCUAUGUGGAAAACAGUUCAGAGCUCCCUGUCUCUGUCCUCAUCUCCUGCCAAUAGUUACCCUCUAAAAUGUUGGAUCCUCCUCACGUGCUGAGUUUCUAGCCUUUUCUGAAACUCUGUGACUGGGGAGAGGGCAGGUGGGCAGGCAGGCGUCCUGAGCCUUCCAGCCUCCUUCCCAGCUUCCCAAACCUCCCUCUUGGGAACUCCUCAGGGACAACUACUGCUGAGUCUGAGUGCUGCUCCAAGAUGGAGGCCCUCAGAGAGAGGGGGAGAAGUGUGUGUGUGUGUGUGUGUGUGUGUGUGUGUGUGUGUGUGUGUGUGUGUACACAAAUGAGAGCUGUGAUCGUGACCCUAUUUUGUGUAAUGGGAUCCAUUCAUGUUUCCUCAAGUUUGUUUUUAGUCCCACCUUUCCCAUUGUUUCAUACCAUCACUUUUUGUCUUUGGGAAAACACAGGAACUGUUUCUCUGGGGACUAGGCUGUCUCUCCUCAUGCUCAUUUCUGUUCCAGCCUCUUCAAACUGUGCAAUCUUUUCAGCAGGAACUCUCUCUCCUCGCAGUAGCUUCAAAUGUUGAGAAUUUGCUGGGAGAGGGUAGAACUGGAUCUUUUCCUAAACCAUGAGUAUCUGGGUUUAGUUGUUUUCCUUCCUUGCAUCUACUUCAUAUCCCCAGCAGCGAGCUCCUGGAGCACAGGAUGGGGAGAGAGGAGAGGGUCUGGUCUACCACUGCCCUGUGUGACUAAGCCCAGGUCAAGCCCCGCACAUGAGAGGAGAGCUCUAACUCCGAGCUAUGGCCAUGGGCCUCUGCCCUGCUUCCCUGCUUCCCUGCUCAGCAGCCCUCCCAUCAGAGAUUACGGGUACUUGCACUGGGGAGGUAACUGCCAGCUGGCCUAAGCAGAGAGCAGAGGCGUCCAAGCAAUGUUCCAUUGGGGGGCAGAGGGUGCCCGGUGAGGGGGAGGCAGUGCAGGUUCCUGGGUAGCCCCUCACUCCUUCCCAGCCACCCUCACUCACUCCCUAUCGCCUAUUUCUAAAGUCGCCUUUUCUGUCGAUAAACCUCAAAACUUAAUUUUAUUUGAGAAUUUUUUUUGCUUUUAAAUAAGAGGUGGAUUGAAGAAUAUUUGAAUUGACUUUAUAUUAUGCAUAAAUAUUUAUAUUUUAUCUAAAAUAACUGUGCCGUGACGAACUUUGUGUUAGUCAGAUGUUUGGAACUGUUAUAACUGGGGACAACUCUCCCCAUGGCAAGUUUCCCUUGGCAUAAAAUGUACUGGAGUCAUUCACUGUUGGAGCUGGGGGGCUCCUGUCUGCUCCUUCCCAGCUCCAGCUCUCCUAGGGACCAGGCACUCUUGAGGUGGGGGUGGAGUCCUAGACUUGAUUUGAAGAAGGGGCUGAAGGGGCCAUGGGUAGGGCAUGAUCAAUGGGGCCAUUUCUCACUCUUCUCUCCUCGUUUUCACUGCCCCUCAAGCUAGGUGGGUUUUCUCUUAUGACAGAGUAUUUGGUAGGGAAAGCAGGUUAAAACUAAAGACAGCCCACCCCUGCCCUUUGUGUCCCUCCACUAUCUGGUAACAGCAAGAAACCAUUAACACCAACAAGUUUCCAUGUUCCUUUGCAGAGAAAGGGACAGACUUUUUAUAUAACCAAAUGUGGUGUUUUAGUGACUUUUUGAUAAUGUACAGUUUUUUGUGAAUUUAAAUUUAUUUCUUUCUAUAUUUUUAGGACCAAUCUCAUUUUUAAUAAGGUUUAAAAAAAAUGAAAAAAGUCUAGAGAAAAAAAAACCUUGUUUUUGCCAUGUGAUGUUCCACAGGUGCGGCUGUAGAGAAGUGCUUGUCAUUGAAUAAAACCACAUUUGAUAGAGA